GCGUAAGGUCGUUGAUCUAGACGUGUAGAGGAGGUACGUAGUCCGUUAUUUGUAACCUACCCAAGAACGCGUGUGUUAUAUUGUACGUAUGAUUUGCCGAUAUUGAAUAUAGUGUCUUAUUGAUAUCGUCAUUGUUAAAUUAAUUAUUUCAUUGCUGAGACGACAAUAACGUACCUGUGUGAGUCUAUUGUGUUUAUUUUGAUUUGCGGAUCACUCUACCGUUCGCGCAUUAUCGAUGUAGUGUAAUAUAACUAUGUAUAUUAUACAUGUUAUGUAUUUGAUCUUCGUCUGAGCCACCAUUCGCCGUUGCAUUUGUUUUGAUACGUUAUCGAGUGAGUUAUAGCUUGACGUCGCAGAAGCAACUUUUCAUUACAUACAACAAAACACUAACUGGAAUACAUUUUGAUUAUAUGUUGUGAUAAUAUGCAGUACUUAUGAGUGGCGUGGAAGUUUUACCCAUCGGAGCGAUUGCAGGGGCCGCCUCGCAAGUGGCCUGGUUCCUGCCCGUUUUGGUCGCGACUAUUGCUUAUUUCCACUAUGAGGUAAAUGAUCCCGAGUCAAGGAUUAUAGAGCAGCCCGGAAAUUUGAUACUUGACCAAUAUGAUUUUAUUAUAGUCGGCGCUGGAUCAGCAGGUGCGGUGCUGGCGAACAGGUUGACUGAAGUCGAGGAUUGGAGUGUAUUAUUAAUAGAAGCUGGUGGAGAUGAAACUGAAUUAUCCGACGUGCCUUUGUUGGCUGCCUACUUGCAACUCACCCAGCUCGAUUGGCAGUAUAAAGCCGAACCCCAGGAUACAGCAUGUUUGGCUAUGAAAGAUCAACGUUGCAAUUGGCCUCGGGGCAAAGUUUUGGGUGGUUCCAGCGUGUUGAACUAUAUGAUGUAUGUGCGCGGAAACCAAAUGGACUAUGACAACUGGUUGAAACAAGGUAACCCAGGUUGGGGGUACAACGACGUGCUGUAUUAUUUUAAAAAAUCAGAAGACAACAGAAACCCAUACCUAGCACGGACUCCGUACCACUCGAUGGGUGGUUAUCUGACAGUGUCGGAAGCGCCGUACAAAACGCCGCUGGCCGAUGCGUUCGUUCGAGCCGGCCAGGAAAUGGGUUACGAUAUCCGCGAUAUAAACGGCGAACGGCAAACCGGUUUCAUGAUACCUCAAGGAACCAUUCGAAGGGGAGCCAGAUGCAGUACGGCAAAAGCUUUCCUGAGACCUGCCAGAUUGCGGAAAAAUCUACACGUGUCCAUCAAUGCUCACGUCACACGCGUGGCGAUCAAUCCCGAGACGAAAGUCGCGUUCGGCGUCGAAAUGAUCAAAGACAACACGCGACACUUCAUCCGGGCUAACAAAGAGGUGCUGUUGUCUGCGGGUUCCAUUAGUUCUGCACAGUUGCUUAUGCUCUCGGGUAUAGGCCCUAAGGACCAUCUGACGGAAAUGGGUAUACCCGUUCUAGCCGAUUUAGAUGUGGGGAAAAAUCUCCAAGACCACAUCGGACUCGGCGGCCUCGCGUUUCUGAUAAAUAAAGAGGUAUCGCUAAUGCAAGAGAGAGUGGAAAACGUUCAAACGGUUUUAAAUUAUGCUACAAUGGGCGAUGGACCGUUGACGGUCAUGGGCGGUGUCGAGGGAUUGGCGUUUAUCAACACUAAAUAUGCUAAUCAUUCAAUUGACACACCCGACAUCGAAUUACACUUCGUGUCUGGUUCCACCAAUUCUGAUGGUGGUGUACAACUGUGGAAAGCACAUGGGUUGAAAGAAGAGUUUUAUAAAGCUGUUUAUGAACCAAUUAACAACAAAGACGUGUGGUCUGCUAUACCUAUGUUGCUGAGACCUAAGAGCCGAGGCGAAAUACUUCUACGAAGCACCGACCCGUCCAUGUAUCCCAGGAUUCUACCCAACUAUCUGACGGCACAAGAGGACGUAGACACACUGGUGGAGGGCGUUAAGUUUGUGGUGGCCAUGUCUCGAACCACGCCGUUUCGCCGGUACGGCAGCCGUCUGCACGAUAUACCGUUCCCCGGUUGUGCCAUGAUACCACGGUAUACAGACGCCUUCUGGGAAUGCAUGGUUCGGCAUUACACAGUGACCAUAUACCAUCCGGUGGGCACUGCUAAGAUGGGGCCCGAGUGGGACAAGACUGCAGUGGUGGACCCGCGGCUUCGAGUGUAUGGUAUUCACGGGCUCCGGGUGGUGGACGCAUCCAUCAUGCCCACUCUGGUCAGUGCCAACACCAACGCUCCUGUCAUAAUGAUCGCCGAAAAGGCUGCGGACAUGAUCAAGGAGAAAUGGCUGGGCAAGAAACGGUGACACGCAACGACUUGUGCGAACGUCUACAAUAUUGUUUUUUUUCCAGGUCUUAAAAUAAUUUAUUAUUACCCCGACGAUUUCUUACUUUCUUUCAUCUGUAUUAUUUUCGUUAUUCUAUUAGCAUUUUAAUUUUAAGAUAUUAUUGUCAUUCCGAUCUGCGCAAAAUAUGUUAUUUAUUUAUUUAUUUAUU